AUGUCCCCCUCGAAGUCGCUGCUGCCCUCGGCCACCAGCCCGCCCAGGAAGACCGCCCACCGGACCCAGCAUGCGCUCCACCGGCUCGGCCAGGCGCUGCCGGCCGGCCUCCAGCGGGCCAUCCAGCUCGUGCUCUCCCGCUACCGGCUCAUCCUCGGCCUGCUCGCCGCCGCCGGCCUGCUUUUCCACUAUCUCGUCCAGACCCACAUCCAGAUCGACUUCUACCGCCGGGCAGCCCUCACCCAGCUCCUCCCGCCCGCGCCGCCCGGCCUGUCCCGCCGAUGCUUCGCCCCCCACUUCCUCGCCAACCCCUUCGAGAUCCAGCCCGGCGCGUUCCCCUCCUCGCCGGCCUACAACCUCUCGCUCGGCACCCUCGGGCUCCAGCCCAAGGUGCUCGCGCUCUCCCCCGGAUUCAACCUGCCCCACCACGACGACUGCUACCGCUUCGCCGCCACCAUCCCCCAACGGCCGACCGAUGCCAUGCUGCGCGCACACACCCUCGAUGGCCAGCAGACCACGUACUACCAUCUCUACUGGCGCUCCGACCUCUCCCCGAUCUCCGACCGGCAGAUCAUCACCCUCAAGAGUCUCCUGGCCACCCAGGACUUCCGGACGGCCCCCAACGCCAUCCUGCCCAUCAGCCAGCUCAUCCUGUGGACGAACCCCUCGGCCCGCUCCCUCGAGAACGACCCGCUCCUCGCCCCGCUUCUCUACCGCUACCGCGACAGACUGAGCCUCCGGAUCAUCGACCUGGCCUCCCUCUCCAAACAUACCCCGCUCCAGGAACACCAUCUGCUCGCCUCGAUAUUCGAUAAAAAGGCCUGGCUCGAUGGCGACCUCAUCCGGGUCCUCGUCCUCUGGCACUACGGCGGCUUCUGGAUCGACAUGGAUAACCUCGUCCUCAGAGACUUCCGAGUCCUUGGCGAGCACGAAUGGGUGGUCCAAUGGGACUGCUACGACAAACCUUACGAACCUCUGAACGGACACAUCAUGCAUUUCCUCAAACACUCGCCCUACCUCUGCGAGAUGAUGGAGAUGAUGUCCAAGCCGCCCUGGCCCCGACGAGCCUCGACAGACUGGGGCCAGCACCUAUACCAUCGCCUAUACCGGAGCCUGAUCAGCUCAGGGGUCACGCCCUUCAAGGUCUUGCCGUACUGUUUCACCGACGGCCGAAGCUGCACGCUCAAGGACAGGAUCCCCGACCCUUUCGAUCCGAUCCCCACGCCCUCCAACGUCCAAGAAUGGGACCAGGCGCUUGCCACUAAACUCAAAUCGCUCUUCGCUAUUCAUUUGCACAACCAGUGGCAUAAACAGUUCCCGAAAAACGGCUGGGUUUAUCGGCUCUAUAUCAACCAUUGGAACACCAUCAUCGAUUAA